CAAAUGCUUCAUUAUAACAAAGGUUUGAAUUGAAAUUAUUAAAUUUAGUGAGUGUUAAUUGUGUUAAAAUUUUCUGUAAAUUAGAAAUCAAAUAAAUAGAAAAAUGACUGAACAAAUAUCAGAAAAACAAAUGAAAAAAUUCAAAGUGGCCUUUUCAGUGUUCGAUAAGAAUGAUGACGGCAUAAUUACAAUAGAGGAACUGGGAAAUGUCAUGGAAUUACUUGGACAGAAACCAUCUAAAACUGCUAUGUUAUCGAUGAUUAGAGAAGCUGAUGUUAAUGGCAACGGUGUGAUUGACUUUCCCGAAUUUGUAACGCUGAUGCUUGAAAGAAUUAAAAAUCCCGAUAGCGAUUUAGAGAUCCAUGAACUCUUCUGUGCCAUUGAUAAAGACAGCAAUGGUCUCAUAUCUGCUCUUGAACUUCAACAAAUGUUGACAGGAUUUGUUGGAGAUUUGAAAGAUGAAGAAUUUAACGAAAUUUUCCGCGAUACAGACAUUGACAAUGAUGGCUACAUUGAUUAUGAUGAGUUUAUGAAAAUGAUGAAAUCCUUGGAAAACGAGCAACAAGAAAAAGACUUGGAAGAAGAAAAUGAAGAACAAAAGUUUGAAGAAGAAAUUGAAGUGCAAACAGACUUUGUAAUCGUGAUGGAAAAACUUGAAAAUGAGAAACAAGUUGAAGUUAAAAAAGAAAAAAUGAAAAUUCAAAAGGAAGAAGAAGAAAGUGAGGAACAAAGUAAAAAGGAAGAAGAAGAGGAAAAUGUGAAAUAA